AUACAUGCCAUUGUAAAACUCAAUAUCGGUCAAGUAUGAAAAUUAAUGCUGGCGUUCUUCGUAACUGUGACCCAUUCCAUAAGUCCGAGUCUGGAUGUAUCAGUCUCGUAAAAGAGCCUACCUAUGGGGAUUUGUGUCUUAUAAGACGCAUCUCACAACUGGGACAUUUACGAGCGACCUUCCCUCGACGAGUUUCAACUUCAGAAAUCCCGGGCAUGAGAUCGUGCCUAGGACUGGCUUGUGGAGUGAGAAGCCGGUAUAUAGUCGUAUACUAAUAUUUUCGACGAGACAUGUUGGAGGGAGGUUAAUCUAUGCGGGACAGUGGCCUGGGGACGACGAGAUUACGGAGUAUCAUCAUCAUAAUAGCCAGGGGUGUCUACAUAUUUGUAUGUCUGCUCGGGCAGGUUUUUAGCUUUGUGAGAUCAUCC